AUGUCGGUACGCACGCUUCGCAUUGGAUUAAUUCCCGGAGAUGGCAUUGGGAAGGAGGUCAUUCCUGCCGGCCGCCGGGUGCUUGAGGCUCUACCAGCGUACCUCAAGCUCAAGUUCGAGUUUGUAGACCUGAAAGCUGGAUUCGAGGCUUUCGAGCAAACGGGUGCCGCAUUGCCAGAAAAGACGGUGGAUAUUCUAAAGGCAGAGUGCGAUGGUGCUCUUUUUGGCGCUGUGAGCUCGCCCACUCAAGCUGUCAAAGGAUAUUCGUCCCCGAUUGUUGCCCUCCGCAAAAAGCUCGAUCUAUACGCGAAUGUACGUCCCGUCAAGUCGGUUAUGACAGCCGUGAAACCAAUCGACAUGGUUAUCGUGCGAGAAAACACGGAGGACUUGUAUGUGAAGGAAGAAAAGACAUACAGCGGUCCUGAUGGGAAGGUCGCAGAGGCCAUCAAGCGCAUUUCCGAGCGUGCAUCUUUCCGAAUCGCGACAAUGGCCGGCGAUAUUGCUGUGCGCCGGCAAAGACUUCGCGAAGAUGGUGCCUCCAGCAUCCAUAAGUCUCCUUUGGUGACUGUGACACACAAGUCGAACGUACUGUCACAGACGGAUGGCCUAUUCCGUGCCGCAUCUAAGAGCGCUCUGUCUGCGGCGAGAUUCAAUGGUGUAACAGUCGAGGAGCAGAUUGUGGAUUCCAUGGUCUACAAGCUAUUCCGCCAACCUGAAGAUUACGACGUUAUCGUAGCGCCGAAUCUCUACGGUGAUAUCUUGUCUGACGGUGCAGCCGCUCUCGUGGGUAGCUUGGGUCUAGUACCUAGUGCCAAUGUUGGUGAGGGAUUCGCCAUCGGCGAGCCGUGCCACGGAAGUGCUCCCGAUAUCAUGGGGAAGGGCAUUGCUAAUCCCAUUGCAACAUUACGAAGUGUCGCACUGAUGCUGGAAUUCUUGGAGGAGCCUGCGGCUGCUGCUAAAAUAUACGCAGCUGUUGAUGCAAAUCUUGAAGCCGGAGUUCUGGUGACCCCGGACUUGGGGGGGACCGCGACUACUGAGCAGGUCGUAGAGGAUAUCCUGAAUAAGCUUUAG